UAUGAUUAUAUACCAUAUACAAAUUGUUAUGAUUAUAUACCAUAUAGAAAUUGUUAUGAUUAUAUACCACAUAGAAAUUGUUAUGAUUAUAUACCACAUAGAAAUUGUUAUGAUUAUAUACCAUAUAGAAAUUGUUAUGAUUAUAUACCAUAUACAAAUUGUUAUGAUUAUAUACCAUAUACAAAUUGUUAUGAUUAUAUACCAUAUACAAAUUGUUAUGAUUAUAUACCAUAUACAAAUUGUUAUGAUUAUAUACCACAUACAAAUUGUUAUGAUUAUAUACCAUAUACAAAUUGUUAUGAUUAUAUACCAUAUACAAAUUGUUAUAAUUAUAUACCAUAUACAAAUUGUUAUGAUUAUAUACCAUAUAGAAAUUGUUAUGGUUAUAUAACAUAUAGAAAUUGUUAUGAUUAUAUACCAUAUAGAAAUUGUUAUGAUUAUAUACCAUAUACAAAUUGUUAUAAUUAUAUACCAUAUACAAAUUGUUAUAAUUAUAUACCAUAUACAAAUUGUUAUGAUUAUAUACCAUAUAGAAAUUGUUAUGAUUAUAUACCAUAUACAAAUUGUUAUGAUUAUAUACCAUAUAGAAAUUGUUAUGAUUAUAUACCAUAUACAAAUUGUUAUAAUUAUAUACCAUAUACAAAUUGUUAUGAUUAUAUAACAUAUACAAAUUGUUAUGAAUCGGCGAUCAAGAUCGUUCGAUUGCCUGCACCAUUAAGCUUUCUUUUCAAUCGGAUGAACUUUGUAGUCUCUCUCGCAUUCCAUAGCAAGGGGAAUAACUCAAACGGUGGUGGAAAUUCACGAAUUUUUUUUAUUCGACUUAGAUUUUUCCAUUAA